ACAAUCGAAUGUCAAUUUUUUGUUGUCUUGCUUGCUUGUUGUUGUACUUUGCCCGGAGUUUUAAAGUUUAAAAAGUUCGCUGAAUCUAUUCAAACAAGUGUAAUUUUUUAUUAAAACAUGGCGUUACCAACCGCCCAACCCGCCGAAGUACUUCGAGCGUGGCAAAAGGACGACUUGUACGAGAAACAGCUGGCGGAAUCAUUAUCAAAGUUGAUGUCAGCUAGAUACGCUUCCAAGGCGAUACCACUAUCUUCCGUGAUUUAUAGAUCCCUCACAACACUAAAGGACCUUCAAACUCUAGGUGAAGAGUACUCCGGCAUCGUACAAGUUGACGAAUGCUACAAUAAGUUACCGUCAUACUACAGUCGUUUGUUCAGCAUAAUUCUUUCAACUUUCGGCGAGAACAUUACAAGACGGCUGAUACACAGCAUAGAAAAGCGUGUCGAACAAAAUCCUUCUCUAACAAUUGAGGCACAGAAUGUACUUUUAGUGAGUCUUAAAACUUUGAGCAGCAUUUUACCUCAGAUACAAAACAUUCACCGUGGACUAGCUUAUAUCGGUGGUGGGCCAUUGCAGAUUGGUAAAACGCUCACUGGCAUAGACUAUGUGCACGUCAGACCCGCUGCAGCAGCUUACUACGCUCAUUUAAGACUCCUUGGUAUAGUUACUCUAUUACACGCAAUUGUGUCUUGCGGCCAGAGUCUUUAUAGAGCAAAGACACAUAUGGACCAAAUGAAGGAGGUUCCUAAUGAAGUAGAUAGUAAUAAAUCUUGUGUGGCCUGCUUAGAAGAAAUUGUACAGCCUUGUGUUCUUCCCUGUGGACAUAUAUUUUGUAUGCAGUGUUCAUACGGGGCAUUAGAAAACUGUGCUCUAUGCCGGUCACCAUUUACAAAGAACUCAGUGGUACCAUUGAUGAAUUAUUUUCCUGAAUAACUGUGAAAAUUUUAAUAUUUGAUUGUUAUAACUGAAGUAUGUAAUUUAAAUUACCUGAACUUGGUGGAGGAAAGUAAGAUUUGUUAUACCAAAAACAUGCAUGAGAUGACAAUCAGUAUGGGAAUAAUUAUUCUGUGUUGAAGCACAAUUUUAUGUUAUUGUAAUAAGAAAUUAUUUUAAAAUAUAAGAAUCUGUGAUAAGUUUUCAUUAUAACAGGGGACUAUAAAUAAACACAUUGUUUUGUUAAA